AUGGCUCUGGACGAUCACAACGAUCUAUGGAUAUGCAAAGUUUUUCCUACUAGUCUAACUAGAGCUGCGUUGGAAUGGUUCAGGAAUAGGCCACACAAAUCUAUUCCGGACUAUGAAACUCUGUGCACUAUGUUCCUGGCGCAGUAUUGCAGAAACAAGAAGCAGAAGAAGAGUAUUGCUAGCCUCUUCACCAUAAGGCAAAAGAAAAGCGAAACAUUACAGGAUUUCUUGUCCAGAUUUAACAUGGAGGCUUCGAAAAUAGCAGAUUGCCAUCCUGCUACCGCAAUAGAAACGUUCAAGCUUGCAAUGAUUCAGGGAACCAAGUUCCAUACGUCCCUAGUUAAAUAUUCCCCUCCGGAUAUGCAAAUUCUCAAUGCUAGGGCACAGAUCUACAUCCGACUUGAGGAAAAUGUAGCCCACCGAGCGCAACAUGCCACCCUCGUCACAGUGGAGAAUAAACCUCAGGAAAGGGUUUUAAAUUCAAAAAGCCAAAAAAACCAGCACGCUUCAGCACCAAUCACUCAGGUACCUGAAAAAAGGCAAAAGACAGAGGAGAGAUUCACACCUCUUCGCACAACCUUGGCUCCACUAUUUCAAGAAAAUAAGAUGAGGUUCGCAGCCCCGCAGCCAAUGAAGCAACCUUUGAAGCAGAGGGACAAGAACAAGCACUGCGCCUACCAUAGAGAUUACGGGCAUACAACUAAUGAUUAUAGAUCCCUUAGGUGGCAAGUGGAAAGCAUGAUAAUGAGAGGUGAAUUGGUAGACUACCUCACAACAAAGGAGUACGUGAAGCCCCGGGAGGUUAAUCUUUGGAAAGUCGAAGGUAAUCAAGUGAAGGUCAUCCAUGUAAUCCAUGGAAGAUCGGAGGAUGAUCAAGAGUCAGAUGAGGUAUAUAGAUCCAAAUUGAGGACAACCCAUAAGCUAAGAAGGUUAUCCUUAGUAAAUAUUAUUGCUUCAGGUAGUAUCAGUAUUGGGUUCGGCAAUGGAAAUCUAUCCAGAGUUCAACUCCCCCAUGAGGAUCCGUUGGUCAUCAGUCUCUUAGUGGUGAAUUGCAUGAUCAAGAGGGUUUUGAUAGACCCAGGUAGUAGUGCCAAUAUCAUCACAAAUGCAGUCUUUGAGUAG